AUUUAUUAAUGCCAUUUUUGAAAGUGAAAUACUGAAAUGCCUUUUUUGUACCUUCCGCUGAGCUUGGGAAUCCAAAUUUGCUGUAUUUGAAUGUUACUAGGUUCCAAGAUUGUGUUACACCAUACUAUCUGCAUAACAAAGCUGCACUAUGGCCAGUGUUAAAUGUAUGACAGCUUCAAAACAUCUGAAGAGAGAGUGUCUCAUCCUAUACAUGUCAUCUCUUUAAAGCAAAGUUCAAUAUACUGCAACAUAACAUAUGUAAUUUAAGGAAAGAUGGAAGCACUAGAGGAUGCCUUCAGAGUGCUAGGUCUGGAUUCUGACGCCACCUUGGGCGAGGUUUACACCCGCUACCACCAGAUCAUGGCCAGCGGGAACGUGCGGCCGGACGGCCGGCCGCGCACCAACCUUCCAGCCGUGCGACACUCAUUCAACAUCAUCAUGCAGCACAUGCAGAUUGCUGAUUUGCUCAUCGCCGACGACGACGACGAGGACGACAACGACGAGGACACCUUUUCGGACAGUUUUUUCUCGCCGGCCGACUACUACGACACGGACCAGCUGCGUGAGAGCAAGUUCAGCCGUCGCCGAACGAGCCCUGACACGGGCUAUCGUACUAACACGGAUGGCGCGGCGGUGGCGGCCUGCGCCACCAGUCUGGUCCAGGAGGAGGAGAACGCCAAACACGAAAACAGAAAGACCAAUGUCAAAAAGAAGAAGAAGAAGAAGAAAAAGAAGAAACCUGAUUCCUCUAUCGCUGUCAACGUUAAUAAUAACAGCAGUGAUGCUCGUAACGAAAAUACACCAGCCAGUGAUUCGGACGGGGAAGGUCUGGACCUCGAUUCGGCCUUCGCCAAGGCUGCCCGCAAAGCGUCCGCUGAGAAGCUAGCGGCAGCCAACGGCAGCAAGACCGAACCCAAGCGAGCGGCGGGCAGGGCGACGCCAGCACAGGGUGCCGCCGCCGCCGCCGCCGCCGCGCCAGCGCCGCCGCCGCCGGACACCGUGCGCGAGCGGGCCCAUAAGCUGGGUGCCAGCGGCACCGAGCUGGCCAAACGCGGCCAGUAUCCGCAGGCCGUGCAGGCGUUCACGCAGGCGGUCCGGCUCGACCCGGACGAUCAUCGCUUCUUCGGCAACCGCAGCUUCUGCCUGGAGCGGCUCCAACAGUACGACAAAGCCCUGAAGGACGCCGAGCAGGCUAUACAGAUCGAUCCGUCUUGGCCGAAGGGAUAUUUCCGAAAGGGUCGAGCCUAUCUGGGGCAAAAGAAAUAUCAGGAGGCGGAGGAGGCGUUUCGGCACGUUUUGAAACUGGACCAGGACGUCCCCGAAUGUCGUCAAGAACUAAAAAGGCUAAGCGUUUACAAGCUGAUGACAAUGGGAUUCGAAAAGAACCGCGCGCGAUCCGCCAUCGAACAGUACGGCACGGAGGAGGCGGCCGUGAACGCCCUGCUGCGGGGCGACGUCCGGGACGACCUGGACAUCAGCCCCGAGUGGGACUCGGACGACACGGGCGAGCCUACGCCAGGCCGAUCUGUCGACCCCAAGGAGGACCCAUCCAACGUCGAGGGCCUGACUUCGCUCUGGGUGGGGAACAUCAUGCAGUCGGUGACGGACAGGGACCUCGCCGCCCUGUUCGCCAGACACGGUGCCGUCACGAGCGUGCGCGUGCUGCCCGACCGCUUCUGCGCAUUCAUCAACUUCGGCGACAAGAAGGGCGCCAGCCUGGCCAUGCAGCACCUGCAGGGACACGAGUUUCACGGUAACCGGCUCAAGAUCAAGUUCCCGGACAACCCGAUCGUCAACGGCCAGCAGAAGAUCGUGCUCGGCAAGAAGGGGGUCGGCGCGGCCGCUGGCGGACCACGCAAGCUGUCCGGUCCCGUCGGAGACGGCGAAUGCUUCUAUUGGCGAACGGCCGAGUGCACGUACGGAACCGCUUGCAAAUACAAGCACAUUCCAGCCAGCAAGGGGAUUGACCGGAAACAGUGGCGCCGAUAGUGAUGAGCCGCAGCAGGAGCGGCGGCCGACUGGGGGCGGGUGGAGCCGAGCCGGUCGCGGCAGGAGCGACGCCACAGCCGAGUGGCUGCGAGCUGCUGUCUCUGCGCACGUGGGCCAGUGAACAGGCAGCGGGCAGUAAAUCAGUAGGCACACGACACCACUGGUAACCAGUACCACGUGACAUCACGGGGAACCUGUAAUCACGACAGCCCGGAGAGGAACCGGUAUACGAUCAUAUGGGGUUUCAGAGAGGGACCGUCACGUCGGGAUGCUGGGCGCCCAUCGUUUCCAGUUUGAUAUUGGUUAUGUGAUCACGUGUUUCGUGCGACUUUUUGUUGAGACUUUGAGAGCUUGUGCCCCUAUACGGGGCUGGUCCGUAUGUUUUGUACGCUAUUGCUGCGGCGCGGGUGUAGAUGUGGCGU